AUGUCGAGUUCAGGUGGAGAAGUUGGGGGAGCUACGGGGAGCUCCAACUCGUUGUCAAGCAUGAUUUCGACCUUUAUCCCUGCUGCGGUUCUUGCUGGUGCCUUCAUCGUCGCCUUCCUCAUCGGGCGCAAGUACUUUCGCAGAGUGUAUGCGCCCAGAACAUAUCUGAAUCACCUGGGUACCCAGCGGCAAACACCAGCCCAGAGUGGGAGCAUGUUUGGAUGGAUCAAGGACUUCAAAAACCUCAAGGAUGAGUACAUCCUGGAUCACCAGUCGAUCGAUGGCUACCUUUUUGUGCGCUUCUUCAAGAUACUCGUCGUCAUGAGCUUUUUGGGAUGCCUGAUCACAUGGCCCGUUCUGUUCCCGAUCAAUGCAACCGGCGGCGCUGGCCAAGAGCAGCUCGAUCUCCUUUCCAUGAGCAACGUCACCACUGUUGGCAGAAAUGUCAACCGCUACUAUGCACACGCUAUCAUGUCGGUCAUAUUCUUGGGUAUGGUCAUGAUCAUCAUCGCACGCGAGUCCUUUUACACCGUCAAUCUGCGUCAGGCCUACCGUCGGUCACCAUGGGGUGCCAGCCGCCUAUCUGCAAGGACAAUCCUCUUCACCAAUGUUCCCAAAACACUGUCUCAGAACGAGCUCUUUGCAAUGUUUACCGGUGUCAAACACGCUUGGGUUGCUUCGAACACUAAAGAGCUGGAGAAGAUGGUUGAAGAUCGCGAUGAUACCGCUAUGAAGCUCGAAGCUGGUGAAGUUCGGCUUUUGAGUGACGCGAACCAGAACAGGCUGAAAGCCGAGAAGAACAAGAAACAUUUCGUGAAUGAGAGCGCAACAGACGGAACUAAGUGGUUGAACCCCAAGGAUCGCCCAACCCACAAACUCAAAUUCCUCAUUGGCAAGAAGGUCGACACCAUCGAAUACGGACGACAGCACUUGGCUGAGCUCAUGCCCAAGAUUACGCAAGAACAGGACAAGCACUGGAACGGUCAAGGAAAACUUGUGGGUGCUGUCUUUCUGGAGUUCGACACUCAGCGACACGCACAGGACGCCUGGCAAAUGAUGUCGAAGAGAAAAACCAAGCCCAACUCAAAACUACAGGCCCGCCAACUUGGUGUUCUGCCUGAGGAAGUUGUUUGGAACAAUCUCCGAAUUGGGCCGCCUGAACACUUCGCUCGAUGGGCGGUAGCCACUGCCUUCAUCACCAUCAUGAUCAUCUUUUUUGCGGUUCCAGUUGCGUUCGUCGGUAUCAUCUCGAACAUCAACUACCUAGCCAGCCGAUUCUCCUGGCUCGAGUGGAUCUUGAAGAUCCCUCAAGUCAUUCUGGGUGUUAUCACUGGUCUUCUCCCAGCGGUUUUGCUUGCUGUUCUGAUGGCAUUGGUUCCGAUUAUCUGCCGAAUCAUGGCCAAACUAGCCGGAUAUGUCACCUACAGCCAAAUCGAGUUGAAGUGUCAAGACUGGUACUUCGCAUUCCAAGUCGUUCAGGUUUUCCUCGUCGCCACUCUGACCAGCGCUAUUACAUCCGUAAUAAACCAGGUUCUUGCCAACCCUGCUAUGGUCCUCAGCCUACUCGCCGAAAACCUGCCCAAAGCUUCCAAUUUCUACAUCAGCUACUUUAUCUUGAUGGGACUGUCCUCAGCUGCUGGUCAUUUCUUGAACAUUGGCGGGUUCGUCGUUGUCGUACUUCUCGGCCGCAUAUUGCCAGGAAAGACACCCCGCAAGAUCUUUGAUAAACUCACCAAGAUGUCUUCACCAGCUUGGGGCUCGGAGUAUCCCAAGUGGGUUAAUGUAGGUGUCAUCGGUAUCACCUACUCUGGUAUUGCCCCGCUCGUCCUGGGUUUCGCGACUGUAGGAUUCUCCCUCCUCUACGUGGCCUUCAAAUACAACUUCCUCUACGUCUACGAGACAAAAAUCGAUACCAAGGGAGAGUCAUACACGAAGGCUUUGCGACAACUCCUAGUUGGCGUCUAUCUUUCAGAAAUCUGUCUCAUCGGCCUUUUCGCCAUUGCAGCCGCCGAUAACAUUCAAGCCUUGGGCCCUCUGAUUAUCAUGGCCAUCAUGCUUGUUGUAACUAUAGUGUUCACGGUGAGCCUGAAGACUGCCAUGACCCACGAGGAAACCCGCCUCGCAUAUACCGACCCCACGCCUACCAACGGCCACCAUGAGGACGGCAUGGCUCACGAGAAGACGUCUGAGCAGGCUCCCAAUUACACUCCCCGCGCUACACGUAUCCCUGCGUUUAUUCGAAAGUUUAUCAAUCCUGAACGCCACUCUAUCCACCAGUUGUCCACUUCGCUUGACAAGUUCUACCACAGCCCGCAAGAACCACUCCCUGUUGAAAUCCAGAAGCGUGCCUACUUCAACCCAGCCGUCACAAGCCCAACGCCGAUCAUCUGGAUCGCUCGGGACGAUAUGGGUAUUAGUGCACGUGAAAUCCGGGAUACGAAGAAGCAAGUGCCGAAUCUGCAGAUGACGGACGAGCAGGCAGUCUUCAACGAGAAGGGCAAGGUGUAUUGGCACGGUGUUGAUGAUGGUCAGGCGAGAGAGGCGCCUGUGUUCGAUGAGAAGAUCGUCUACUAG